GACCUGCUCGGGCCGCGCGCCGCGCCGCUCUCCUACCAGAGCGGCGGCAGUAGCGGCGGCGGCCGCAGGGGGUUCCCGGCGCCCGCAGCUCCUCCUGGGAGCCGAGCGCGCCUCUCCUCGCGCCCGGCAUCCCCAGCCAGAUCCCCGCGCGCAGCUGCGCGGCCGCCAACAUGGAUUUGCUCCUGGUGCUGGUGCUCGGGUCCUCGCUCUACCUGCCGGCGGCCGCGGAGUUCGACGGGAGGUGGCCCAGACAAAUAGUGUCAUCAAUUGGCCUGUGUCGUUAUGGUGGGAGGAUUGACUGCUGCUGGGGCUGGGCCCGCCGGUCCUGGGGACAGUGUCAGCCUUUCUACGUCUUAAGGCAGAGAAUAGCCAAGAUAAGGUGCCAGCUCAAAGCUGUGUGCCAGCCACAGUGCAAACAUGGUGAAUGUAUCGGCCCCAACAAGUGCAAGUGUCAUCCUGGAUAUGCUGGGAAGACCUGCAGUCAAGACGAACACUUCUACCCAACUCCUCUUGACCAAGGCAGUGAGCAGCCUCUUUUCCAACCCCUGGAUCAUCAAGCCACAAGUUUACCUUCAAGGGAUCUAAAUGAGUGCGGCCUGAAGCCCAGGCCUUGCAAACACAGGUGCAUGAACACCUACGGCAGCUACAAGUGCUUCUGUCUCAGCGGGUACAUGCUUAUGCCGGACGGGUCCUGCUCAAGUGCCCUGACGUGCUCCAUGGCAAACUGCCAGUAUGGCUGUGAUGUUGUCAAAGGACAGAUCCGGUGCCAGUGCCCCUCUCCUGGCCUACAGCUGGCUCCUGACGGGCGGACCUGUGUGGAUGUUGAUGAAUGUGCUACUGGAAGAGCCUCCUGCCCUAGAUUCAGGCAGUGUGUCAACACUUUUGGGAGUUACAUCUGCAAGUGUCACAAAGGCUUCGAGCUCGUGUACAUCGGAGGCAAAUACCAGUGUCACGAUAUCGAUGAAUGCUCCCUCGGUCAGCACCAGUGCGGCAGCUUUGCUCGAUGUCACAACAUACACGGGUCCUACAGGUGCAAAUGUAAAGACGGAUACCAGGGCAACGGACUGAGCUGUGUGUAUAUUCCAAAAGUUAUGAUUGAACCUUCAGGUCCAAUCCAUGUACCAAAGGGAAAUGGCACCAUUUCAAAGGGUGAUGGAAGACACAAUAAUUGGAUUCCUGAUGUCGGAAGUACUAGGUGGCCUCUGAAGACACCAUAUAUUCCUCCUGUCACUACCAACAGGCCCACUUCUAAACCAACAACAAGACCUACACCAAAGCCAACACUGGAGCCUCCCCCGCCCCCUCCCCCACCCACAGGGCCCAGAACACCUCUACCACCUAGCCCAGAAGGACCAACCAGCAGACCGACAACAGCAACCCCAGCUGCUGCUACAUCGCUGAGACAGAGUACAGUCGACAACAGGAUACAGACGGAUCCCCAGAAACCCAGAGGAGAUGUGUUCAUUCCACGGCAGCCUUCAAAUGACUUAUUUGAAAUAUUUGAAAUUGAAAGAGGAGUCAGUGCAGAUGAUGAAGCAAAGGAUGAUCCAGGUGUUCUGAUACACAGUUGUAAUUUUGACCACGGGCUUUGCGGAUGGAUCAGGGAAAAAGACAAUGGCUUACACUGGGAACCAGUGAGAGAUCCAGCAGGUGGACAAUAUCUGACAGUCUCAGCAGCGAAAGGCCCUGGGGGAAAAGCUGCUCGCUUGGGGCUACCUCUCAGCCACCUCAUGCAUUCAGGGGACCUGUGCCUGUCGUUCAGGCACAAGGUGACUGGGCUGCACUCCGGCACACUCCAGGUGUUUGUGAGAAAACACGGUGCCCAUGGAGCAGCCCUGUGGGGAAGAAAUGGUGGCCAUGGCUGGAGGCGCACACAGAUCACCUUGCGAGGGGCUGACAUCAAGAGUGUCAUCUUCAAAGGUGAAAAAAGGCGUGGUCACACUGGGGAGAUCGGACUGGAUGAUGUGAGCUUGAAAAAAGGCCGCUGCUCCCAAGAACAUGAGCAACUCCAGAACUAGCAAUCAACACCCCUGUCGCUCCCUCUUCUUUUUCCAAUCUUCACCUCCUGUCCUCUCCUCCCCUCUUAUCAGGCCUAGGAGCAGUUGGUCAUGGGUCAGGAGAAGGUUUGCUUGUUGAACCAUGUCUUGCUGGCCUGCUUUUGUGCAAUCCCAAUGAACAGUGACACCCUCCUUGAAAUACAAGGAGCAUCUGUGGUCACAUCCAAGCCAGCUUUGAGUGUAACCUUCCACACUGUCACUUUUAGGAAGGCCUUUGGGGUGUAUGACCUAUACUAUCCUUCAUCCUGGUUAAAAGGUGCUCCUUGUAGCAAAUUAUGGGAAAUGUUUUCAGAAAAAAUCUGUGCAAAUGGCCAUUCUUCUAUCUGUUCAGUGUUGUGCCAUGAGUUGUAUUGACUUCCCUGAAGAUACAUUGUACAAUGUGCUUGUGGAAUUGCUUUCUCCUCCUUGCUUGUUAUUCUAGCCUGACCCGAACUCUGACUUCACUGUCAUUCACUUUAUAAAAGGGUGUGUAACAUAUCAAGAUGCAUUUAUUCUUGUUAUCUGUAAUUUUCUUUUAAAGACAAUUAUGUUGAGUGGGCACAUAAUCCUUCACUAGUAAUGUUGUGUUUUGUGUAAAUGUGCUAUUGAUACUAUGUAGUUACAUGUUCCUAAUAUUUGCAGACUCUAGUUGCAAGGGAAAAGGCAGUUUGUGAUCUCUUGAGUUAAAAAAAACACGUGAAAUGUCAUCCAGUUCCAUGACCUUAUAUUGGCAGCAAGAGAAAAUUGGAAGAGGUGUCAGGUUGUGGUAGUGGAGGGAUGGAUUUUUUAAUGGCCUUGAGUUUGAUUGCUACACAGGAGAGAAAACCAUUCAGGUAGACAAGAAAUUGCAGUUAACAUAAAAUCCACACUGUUUCAGGUUACACCUCAAAACCAACAGCUUUUACCAUAAUAACAUGGCUCUCUCUGGUAAUCUGUAAGAAGCUUUGUAAAAGUUAUGCUUGUUUCAGAGAAAAGAUGCUGUUUAGGGAAGUAGGGUGUAAGGGAAGCAUGGGGGAAGCUCAGCUGGAACAGAUUUUCAUACCAAUUUUUAAAUCAGUAUGAAUUUUGGCAGAUCUCACUCAUAACUUACGUGCCAUCAUGUCAGGAUGGGUAGGGAGCAAGCCCAGUUCGGGGCUUUGAGGUAUUGGGUAUGUCGGAAUAGGAUUCACACCACACUAAAGUAAUAGGACAAAAUUUGAAUUCUAAGAUCUAUGAACCCUCCAUUAUAUUUCCUCCCUGCAUAUUUUACCUUUAUAUGAAAAAAUAUGUAACUUUUAAAAGGCAACUUACUCCUGAGGCUUUUCUUCAUUUCUGAUUGAGUAAUCAAACUAUUUUCUGCUGUUUUUGCCAGGAAUCACAAAGAUGAUUAAAGGGUUGAAAAAAAGAUGUCUGAUGAAAAAUGAAAGGAACUGGGAUUAUGCAGCGUGGAGAGGAGAAGGCCGGGGGCAGACCUUUGCUGGUUUUCAAGUGCAUGAAGGGUUGGUACAGACAGGAUGGUGGCCAGCUGUUCUCCAUGUGCACUAAUAAUAGAACAAGAGGAAGCAGGCUUAGACUGGAGUAUGAGGGAGCAUUUCCUGGAAGGGACAGUUGUUAAAUUAGAGUCCUUUGUUUUAAAAAAAAGUGUGAGUCUUUUUUUGUGUGUGACUUUAAAAAAAUUAGAUAAAAAUUUGUCUGUUUAAGGUAAAGACAUUCUUACAGAAUCUCCCAAAAGAUGUUCUAAUCGUAGAUCUAAUGAAAUCUCCAGAACUAAUAAUUUGGACUGAGCCAGGGUCUAAUUUAGGCAUUUCCCUCUUGGCCUCCCAAUGGAGAGGAAUCAAAAAGGGAAAAGCCCACCAAAUGCUGAGCUCACUAAAAUGUCUCUCCCUUUAUGGCAAACCUAGCAGUAUUAAAAAAAAAGGAAAGAAAAGAAAAAAAUAUAUUUAUUUCCAAAAGAGAGUAUGAUGUACAGAUAUUUUAGUAUCCUGAUAAUGUCCUAAUGUGGUGGUGGUCAUUUUUUUUCUUGGUAAGGUAUAAACCUUUCACUUGCUCAAUGGAUGAUAUUUCAGAUUUUUUAAGAGACCAUAACAAAGAACACAGUUUAGAGAGAUUUUUAUGUGGUGCAUUCUCUCUGCAAUGUGUGUGGCAACUUGGCUACAUAGAAUGCCAUGCCCACCACCACUGCUGGGACCUUUCCUUUCAGUAGCUAUAAUUUAGUUUCUUUUAUCAGUUUCGAAUCUCCCAAGGUCCACAAAAUUGCAGUGUUUUUUGAACAAUAUGUACAAUAGAAUAUCUUUGUUUUAAUUUGGUGGAGGCAGGGCCAGAGGGGGCAUAAAAAGCAGUGAGCCUUUGACUAGAGGCCAAAAAACAUGGCUUUAUAUCCAUUUUGUAAUGAUUCAUUUCCGUUUUGGUCAUAUAACUGCACAAUGGAAGAUGAAAGGGGAAAGUAAUAGAAAAUUUCACUUUUAGGUGCCAAUAAUACAUUGCACUAAACUGAUGGAAGAAGUUAUCCAAAGUACUGUAUAACAUCUGUUUAUUAUUUAAUGUUUUCUAAAGUGAAAAAUGUCAGUGGUUUUCCAAACAGCCAAAUAAAUAUAAUUCUUUGUAAAUAAAUCAUUGUUAAUA